UGUUAUCGUCUUCAAAAAGUGGGUUAUCAACUUGAUUUAACCUUUUUCAUUAUAUCCUUUCAUCCAAGUUAAGGAACCAGCUUACCUGUUAUCCUGGAUUUGCUACUCCAUAUAUAAUUGAUAUCCUCUCAAAGAAUGAGAAUUGAGAACAUACUAACAUUCAAAAUGCUUUUUCUUCUAAAGCUACUCAUUAUUGUUGUUCUAGCCUUUAGCUCUCCUAAAUAUGAAGCUGUAUAUGCACCACCUGACACUCUCAUGAUUUUUCCGGUUAUCAAACAUACCGAUGCUGCGAAACCCCUCUAUAGUGUUCAGAUCUUUACUGAUUAUGUAGAUAUGCAAUUACCUUUUCAAAACUUUCUUAUAGACAUUGAUGCUCCGUUCACAUGGCACGAUUGCAUCGUGCAAUGGAACAUAUAUCCCGGAAGUUGUCCCAAGGACGUGCUUUGUGAGUCUCCAGUUUCUUGUGAAGACUAUGAAUGCACGGAUGUGCGAACUAGUUACUCUUACCAGAAUCCUUCUUGCCCUCCAGAUUCCAACAGUUUUACGUUACCUGGCUGGGGAUUUUGUUCGUGUCCGGUCAAUGUGGUUGACCCUGUUACGGGGACAUGUGGCCAAGCCCUGCUAAACUACGACUAUAUUACCACGAAUGCUGCAUGUGUCCCUUCUUCAUCAUUUGGGUCAUUUCCUGCAGAUGUUACAGGUGUUGUCGCAUUUUCCAACUCCCGGUACGCCUAUCCGGAAUACUUAGCUCAAGCCGUUAAAAGGUCAUUAUCUCUAUGUUUGCCUAGCUCAACAUCAUCACGUGGGGUUCUUUUCUUCGGAUCCGGACCUUAUUAUCUUCCUUCCCAAUCAAACGUCGACGUGAGGAGUUAUCUUUCUUAUACUCCAUUACUAAAGCAUCCAAAUUCUUUUGGGUACUUUCUUGGUGUCGUCAGCAUUGUUAUUAAGAAGAGAUCUAUCAUUAUUCCCGCAGAUACCUUAACCAAGCUUAGUACAAUUGACCCCUACACCACUUUAAGAAGUGACAUUUAUAACGGCAUCAUCAGGAGGUUUUCACGAGUUACAAAACGAAUACCUCCUGCAAAGCCUAUAGCACCAUUUGGCCUUUGUUUCAACACCUCCUACAAUGGUACCCAAGUUGGAUUAAAAGUUCCUAAUAUGGAUUUCAUCCUUCAGAAUGGAAAUAAGUGGACUAUAUCAACGACUAACUCCAUUAAGCAAAUCACAAACGACGUGGCGUGUCUGGCUUUUGUUGAUGGUGGUGCUACAAGUGAACCUUCAAUUGUGAUUGGGACCUUUCAGUUUGAGGAUAACUUUCUGCUGUUCGAUUUGGAAAAUUCCACUCUUGGGUUCAGUUCUUCGUUGUUACUCAAGCAGAAUUCUUGCUCAAACUUCAACCUUACGCUUACCAACAGCCCCUGAAGCUAUUUGAUAAGACACACAUUUAACUAGAAAUGCAUGUGUAUUUCCUAGAUAGUUGGCUUGCAAAUUAAACAAUUUCCUGUUCAGUGUUUGUCAAGUAGUCAUAACUAACUCGUAAAUGAGAUUUCUAUAUAUGUAAACGCAAGAUUUAACUACCCUUAACCUGAUUUUCCUUUUUUUUUCUCUCUAUUAUAUGUACGGAUAUGGAUGUUUGGCAAUGUUGUUUUUUAGGAUUUUAAGAGUUUUUAUGGGCCCCUGCUUUUCAUGUGAGAUAAGGUUGUUUGGUCUUAAAAGCAAUUGCCAUAUGCAUACAUUUUACAUGGUACUAAAAACAGCUCCAGACGGGUCUAAAUCUAGUGCGAGAUAACAAAGCCCUGUUUGGUUGUAAUUGUUUUUUAAAUUGCCGCAAUCACAGAAACCACUAAAAAGUCCCAAAAUUAAAAGCUACACAAAAAAACAUUAUAAAAAAAAAAGUCUCAGCCACCUAGACGGACCUAGCUAGCUAGCUAGCUAUCAACUCGGUGACAACUCUUACUAAUAUCUGUGUGAUUCUGUCUACACUUCUGACUUGGGGAAACUAACGAGCCCAUUCAGUGUGCAGGGUUAGUUGGACGUCAACCCCGUCUGCUUGGCUUCAUAUUAUCGGCUCCGCAGCCAAUGUCUGGCGCCUAAAUUUGAUUGUCAAACAUGAAGUGAGCAAUUAGACUAUUAAAAGUUUUCAAAUCUUGGUCACAUAUAUACAUUGGUCUUCACAUUGAAUGGAUAUCUCUUCAUCUA